CCCCCCGGUCAGCAACGGGCCGAGAAGCGGCGGUGGCGGCGGCGGCGAAGGGGGCGGAGAGGAAGGAGCGCGGCGGACGCGGCCUGGACCGCGCGUACUCUGGCGGUGGGAUUCUCUCCGCGUUGGCGGUAGUAUCAGGUGCCGCUGCAGCCAGAGCAGUAGGUCUGUGCGAGAUCAGUCAUUGACACCAUGAACUGGAAUAAAGGUGGCCCUGGCACCAAGAGGGGAUUUGGCUUUGGAGGUUUUGCUAUUAGUGCUGGAAAGAAGGAGGAACCCAAACUCCCACAACAGUCCCACAGUGCCUUUGGGGCAACCAGCUCUUCUUCUGGAUUUGGAAAGUCAGCUCCACCACAGCUCCCUUCUUUCUACAAAAUUGGAUCUAAACGGGCCAACUUUGAUGAAGAAAAUGCAUAUUUUGAAGAUGAGGAAGAAGACUCUAGCAAUGUUGAUUUACCUUACAUUCCUGCUGAAAACUCACCUACCCGUCAGCAGUUCCAUUCCAAGCCAGCGGAUUCUGACAGCGAUGACGAUCCCUUGGAGGCAUUCAUGGCCGAAGUGGAGGAUCAGGCGGCUAGAGACAUGAAAAGGCUUGAAGAAAAGGACAAGGAAAGAAAAAACGUAAAGGGUAUUCGAGAUGACAUUGAAGAGGAAGAUGACCAAGAAGCUUAUUUUCGGUACAUGGCAGAGAACCCAACUGCUGGUGUGGUUCAGGAGGAGGAAGAAGAUAAUUUGGAAUAUGAUAGUGAUGGAAAUCCAAUUGCACCUUCCAAAAAAAUCAUUGAUCCUCUUCCUCCCAUUGAUCAUUCAGAGAUUGACUAUCCACCAUUUGAAAAAAAUUUUUACAAUGAGCAUGAAGAGAUAACCAACCUCACCCCUCAGCAGCUAAUAGAUCUCCGUCAUAAGCUCAAUCUUCGGGUCUCUGGUGCUGCGCCUCCUAGACCGGGAAGUAGUUUUGCUCACUUUGGGUUUGAUGAACAACUUAUGCACCAGAUUCGGAAAUCUGAAUACACACAGCCCACUCCAAUACAGUGCCAGGGUGUGCCUGUGGCAUUAAGUGGUAGAGACAUGAUUGGUAUUGCCAAAACCGGCAGUGGAAAAACUGCAGCCUUUAUCUGGCCCAUGUUGAUUCAUAUAAUGGACCAGAAGGAAUUGGAACCAGGUGAUGGGCCAAUUGCAGUGAUAGUGUGUCCUACUAGGGAGCUUUGCCAGCAGAUCCAUGCAGAAUGUAAGCGGUUUGGGAAAGCAUAUAAUCUUCGAUCAGUCGCUGUAUAUGGAGGAGGGAGCAUGUGGGAGCAGGCCAAGGCCCUUCAGGAAGGGGCAGAGAUUGUUGUGUGUACCCCAGGUCGACUAAUUGAUCAUGUGAAGAAGAAAGCUACCAAUCUUCAAAGAGUCUCUUACCUUGUGUUUGAUGAAGCAGAUCGCAUGUUUGACAUGGGAUUUGAGUACCAGGUGCGAUCCAUAGCAAGUCAUGUCCGUCCUGACAGACAGACUCUUUUAUUCAGUGCAACUUUUCGGAAAAAGAUUGAAAAACUGGCCAGAGACAUCCUGAUCGACCCUAUUCGUGUGGUGCAGGGAGACAUUGGAGAGGCGAAUGAAGAUGUGACACAGAUUGUAGAAAUUCUCCAUUCUGGGCCUAGUAAAUGGAACUGGCUUACCCGGCGUCUGGUGGAAUUUACCUCUUCAGGAAGUGUCCUCCUGUUUGUUACUAAAAAAGCCAAUGCUGAAGAGCUAGCCAAUAACCUUAAGCAGGAGGGUCAUAAUCUUGGGCUGCUUCAUGGGGACAUGGAUCAGAGUGAAAGAAACAAGGUCAUUUCAGACUUUAAGAAAAAGGACAUCCCAGUCCUGGUGGCCACAGAUGUUGCAGCCCGUGGUCUGGACAUUCCUUCAAUUAAGACUGUUAUUAACUAUGACGUGGCACGAGACAUUGAUACUCACACUCAUAGGAUUGGCCGCACAGGACGAGCGGGUGAGAAAGGCGUGGCUUAUACCUUACUGACCCCCAAGGACAGCAAUUUUGCUGGUGACCUUGUCCGGAACUUGGAAGGAGCCAAUCAGCAUGUUUCCAAGGAACUCCUAGAUCUGGCAAUGCAGAAUGCCUGGUUUCGGAAAUCCCGCUUUAAAGGAGGAAAAGGCAAAAAGCUGAACAUUGGUGGAGGCGGCCUAGGCUACAGGGAGCGGCCUGGCCUAGGCUCAGAGAACACGGACCGAGGAAACAACAAUAAUGUGAUGAGCAAUUAUGAGGCCUACAAGCCCUCCACAGGAGCCAUGGGAGAUCGGCUGACAGCAAUGAAAGCAGCUUUCCAGUCACAGUACAAGAGUCACUUUGUUGCUGCCAGCUUAAGCAACCAGAAGGCGGGAAGCUCUGCUGCUGGCGCAAGUGGAUGGACUAGUGCAGGGAGCUUGAAUUCCGUCCCAACUAAUUCAGCCCAGCAGGGCCAUAACAGUCCAGACAGCCCCCUUGCCAGUGCCACCAAGGGCAUCCCAGGCUUUGGCAAUACUGGGAACCUCAGCGGUGCUCCAGUGACCUACCCUUCUGCUGGAGCCCAGGGAGUCAACAAUACAGCUUCAGGGAGUAACAGCCGAGAAGGGCCUGGGGGAGGCAAUGGGAAGAGAGAGAGAUACACGGAGAACCGGGGUGGCAGCCGUCAUGCUCAUGGAGAGAGUGGCAAUCGGCAUGGCGACAGUCCACGUCAUGGAGAGGGUGGUCGCCAUGGAGAUGGAUACCGCUACCCCGAAAGCAGCAGCCGUCAUGCUGACGGCCACCGUCAUGGGGAGAGUAGGCACGGAGGAGGUGGCAGCCGACAUGGAGAGAGCCGAGGUGCAAACGACGGUCGGAAUGGUGAAAGCAGGAAAGAGGGUUGUAAUCGUGAGAGCAAGGUGGACCCCAAGGUGGACAGCAAGAUGGACAAGGUGGACAGCAAGACAGAUAAGACAGCCGAUGGUUUCGCUGUCCCCGAGCCACCCAAGCGCAAGAAAAGUCGAUGGGACAGUUAGAGGGUAUGUGC